AUGGCCACAGGCACGGAACGUAUCGAUCCUCCAGAGCAAAAUGGAGAGGAAGUGAGCAUUUUCAUCUGUGAUUCAAAGGAUGGUAAUACCACACAUCUAGACGUUGCUAAAAGUGCCAUAAAGCGUUUAAAAACCUUGAGACAUCCCUGCAUUCUCACCUAUGUUGACAGUUUAGAGAGCGAUAAAUUAGUAUAUUUAGUAACAGAGCCAGUCACACCUUUGUUAUCAUGGCUAUCAGAAAGUAAUCUUAACCAGGCUCAGCGUAGUACUGCUCUUUCUUGGGGCUUGUUUCAAGUAACGAAAGGUCUAAGUUUUUUGAACAAUGAUGGCAAAUUAAUCCACUACAAUGUGUGUGGAAGUAGUGUAUUUGUGACACCUGGUGGAGAAUGGAAAUUAGGUGGGGUAGAAUAUGCAAAUCCUGAUUCAUCGGUCUUCCCGGUAAAAAUUUUACCUCAACUCGAUGUCUACAAUCCACCCGAGAAGGCUGAUCCUUCGAGAAUGCGUACAACAACAAAGUGGGCAGCAGAUAUGUGGGGUCUUGGUUGUCUCAUAUGGGAAGCUUUUAAUGGCUUGCUUGAUCAGAGCUUUUCUCUUAAAACUACAUCAAAGGUUACGAAAACCUUGGUAGGAACAUACACACAAUUGGUUGGUGCAAAUCCGGCAGCCCGUCCUAACCCACAAACUGUAGUUGACAAUCUGAGGCAACCGGGAAACUAUUUUCACAAUGACCUGAUUGAGACGCUACUGUUUCUAGAAGAAAUUCAAAUUAAGGAUGCCACUGAGAAACAGAAGUUCUUUGGUGAAUUGUCUCCAAAGCUUGAAAACAUACCUGAUUUUGUAGCCACCAACAAAAUUCUACCUGCAGUUUAUGCUCAUGAGUUCUCCAAUGUGGGUCUCUGGUUGUCCCUUACUCCUCUUUUCAAGAUCGGCAAAUUACUUGAUGAAGCAGAGUACCAGCGGCAGAUCCUUCCUUGUGUUGUGAAACUUUUCUCGUCGAGUGAUAGAGCAACAAGAUUGAAACUUUUACAACAAAUUGAAAUGCUGGCUGAUCACAUGAAUCCAGCAACAGUUAAUGACCAAGUCUUCCCACAGCUAAUAGCAGGAUUUUUAGAUACCAAUCCUACAAUACGAGAACACACUGUAAAGUCUAUAAUGUAUUUAUCUACCAAGCUCAAUUACAAUAAUCUCAACAUUGAAGUUUUGAAGCAUUUUGCUCGUCUUCAAGCAAAAGAUGAAGAGGGUGGUAUUAGAACAAAUACCACAGUAUGUUUAGGUAAGAUAGCCAACGAUCUUCAUCCUGACGUGAGACAGAAGUGUUUGAUAUCAGCUUUUACUCGUGCUAUGCGAGAUCCUUUUCCCCCAGCAAGAAUUGCUGGUGUUAUGGCAUUAGCAGCAACACAGCAGUAUUACCCUUUGCAAGAUGUUGCAUCUAAAGUUCUGCCCAAUUUGUGUCACCUAACAUUAGAUCCUGAAAAAAAUGUGAGAGAUGCUGUUUUCCGUGUCUUGAAAGGUUUCUUGGGAAAAUUGGAAAAGGUUUCUGAAGACCCUUCAUUACGAGAAACAAUGGAAUCUGAAGUGAAAAGUGUGUCAGUUGGAGGAACUCAGCCAGCAUCUUGGGCAGGCUGGGCCGUAGGCGCCAUCACAUCAAAGUUUUACAAAACCAGCGCUGGAACUCCUCCUCUGCAACGACCAUCGACAGCUUCAUCCACAUCUGGUACUUUAACUCCAAGCACCAAAACAAGCAGCCUUGCCUCCACUCCUUCACAAGAUCAGAGCAGGUCUACAAGUCGAAUAUCAACUGCAGUAGUAAAUGAUGAAGAUAAGUCUGAUUAUGACGAGUGGGAAAAUUCCAAUUGGAAGUCUUUGGAUGAUUCUCCAGAAAAGAAGAAACCAUCAGCACCAGUUUCACAGAAGUCUCCUACUGUUUCCGAGGCUUUAGGUAGUGUGGAUGAUGUCACUGGUGGUGGAGAUGGAUGGGGAGAUGAGGACGAAGCGUGGGGUAGCUUAGAAGAUGGAGAACUUGAUGCAGCAGGGUGUGAUGACAAACAAGGCUUAGGGGCCAUGCUUAGCACAGAAUCGGCUAAAAGUUCUGGCACAGCCUCUCUAAGCUGGGAUACUACCCCAGCAGAAGACACUGAUGAUUUCUUCAAUUCCCUAGUUAGUGAUCAGAGCCAUAGCAACACAGCUGUUGUGUCACGGGUAUCUGCAACAAAACCAUCAAGUAGCAGUGGCUGGGAUGAAUGGGGUGGUGAUCAGAAUUCAGAAUCUAAUUCAGCGCAAGGGGGCAGUUCCAAGUCCGACGAACAGCGUCGACAGCGGGAGGAAAAGAGGCUGCAGAGACAAAAAGAGAUUGAGGCCAAGAGGGCAGCUCGUGCUGGACCUAUGAAGCUUGGUGCUAAGAAAAUUUAGUGUUGAUUAUUGGAAGGUUAAGAAAUAUCUGGAAGUUUCAAGCUGCAGAAACGACUGCUUUGUGCUCGAAUAAAAGUGUGUACGUAUUGUUAUUGGAGAGUUCGUAUGCUAGAUAUAAUAUAUUUUUCAUAUAUGCAUUAUUGUUGACUGUAAUUGUUACUAUGAAAAUGAUUUGUCUGUACAGAACUAUUUCGGUGAUACAGUGAGAGUGCUUAUGAAGUGUUGUGGACACUUGAAUGCUGAACUGCGUAAAUCACAUUUCAGAGUACAGUACUUUUCUUAUUUUAAAACUCGGAUUAUAAAUUGAAAUUUUGGCUUUAUAAUAAUAAGCAAGUAAAAUUUAAACAUUUAAAAGUGUUCUUGGAUUAAUCAGUUUGUCAGUUUCUUUUCCUGAAUAGUGUAAGAUUCAGCCCAAUAAAUCACUUAAAAGUGUAGCGUGAAAGUAUAAGAGGAAGAAUGUCAAGAGCUACAUACAAACUUUAAAGGAAAGAAGAUUCGUAAGAAAGGAUUGGUACCUGAAAUGAAAAUGCUCUCGCCACACACACAACUUAAGGCAAAAAUAUGGUGGAAGUUUUAAGUUUGACCUUUGGAAAAGCCAGUAAAGAAUGUCUUGUUCAAAAGCAGGUGAGUACAGUCAGAAGAUGAUUUACUAAAUGAUAGCAGAGUUUUAUUACUUGUAUAUCUUAGUUUAUGUAUUUAAUGGAGCAGUAGGAGAGACUAUUUUAUACUUUUUGUAGUUUUUUCUUUUUUUUGUGUGUAAAUUGUAUUGUACAGAGUUGGUAAGAAUAAUGCUAAAUGCACUUCAGGCAAAAUCAAGUAGGUACAUUAAGGAAACUACAGAACUUCUAUCUUUACAUCUGAUUUCCCUUUUCAGUGGUUUUGAUAAUAUCACAACUUUUAUUUUUAGAGACUUUUAUUUUUAGAGAAACAGCAAAGGAACUUAAGAAUUCUGUAGCAGUCUGAGAAUUGUAGCUUUGGCAAGCUAGUUUACAGAGAUUCACACAGCUAAUUAUAGGUGUUGUGAUAUUUUUAUAGUAUUUUCUUGUGAAGUUAAUUUUCUUAGACAUAACAGAAAAUGAAGAUUCCAAGCUUCAGUGCUUCCUUCAACUGGUAAAAUUUGCUGUGUAAACACACUAGGCUUUGUAAUUUUUGCCUUUUAGUUACAAUAAUAAUUCAGAUAACUUAAAUAUACAAGGCUUCCAAUACACAGGCACUUUUAAGGAAUUCCUUGAAUGUACAGGCACACCAGAUAUUCUAGCAUGACAAGGAAUUUCAAAGUUUUCACAAAGUAAAGGUAAUGUUCAGUGUUGACUAUUGUUUGGAAAUUUCAUAUAGCCUCCAUUUCAAAGAGAAAAAUGCUGCUUAAAUUUAAAAUAAAUCCCGACAACUGGAUUUUUGUUAGUCAAUUGUUACGUGUUCUAGAGAUUUGUUAAUAUUCUCACUGAGAAGGUGAAGUUUAGAAGCACGUGACCUGUAUUUUUUACUGAAAAAAAUUAAUUUAUUAAGCAGUAGUGACUCCAUGCAUGUCUGUUUGUGACUGAUUCUGAUUUUCAGGUGGUAGAGAAACUAAAGGGAAUUAUGGAAGCCUUUUAUCAAAGCAAAAUAACCUUUGAAGAAUAGACAGCAUGUGCUGUCUUGACAGUGCUUCAUAAAGUCUUACCUCUUGUAUGUUUUACGAAAGCAAAAAUUAUGUGAAAGGUUUCUAUCUCUCUCUCUCUCUCUCUUGAGACCUUACCUUACAGACCUUACAUCUUGUUCGGGUUGCCCCAGGUCCCUCAGUGUGAGGCACCUCUGAUGCCUACCAGAGAGUUGCUAGUACAUCUUCCAGUAUAUUUUGCAUCUUCCAAUCUUGGAUGGUCUGGGAUGCAGAGAGAGAGAGAGAGAGAGAGAGAGAGAGAGAGAGAGAGAGAGAGAGAGAAUCUUUGCUCUCAUAGUGGCCUGAAGCAUAUUUGCUUAAAGUGGAAGGUAAAAAUUGGAACAGAACUGUGAAGGCAAACAGCUGUGUGGAAAAUGGACUUUCUUACAUGUAUUUGGUGGUUAAAAGGAUGCUGGCAAAGAUUUUUAAAAUACCACUCACAGUUUGCCAUACAAGCUGUAUUGCAGGUGAUACCCUUGUGCAGGAAUAUUUCAACUUGAAGGUUGUGAUUUUAAAUGAGUGAUGAAAACUAGAGAUUGGAAUAAGGUAAAGUCAAAGAAAUUACAACGAGGAGAGAAGAGGCCUAAGGUAGUAUUUGAAAUGGAAAAGGCAGAAAGAAAGCAAGGCAGCUGAGGGCAAAAUUUAUUUUUAAAAUAUGAGCAUGAAAGCAAGUGCAAUAUUUAAGGUGACCUAGUGCAAUGGUUUUGCAAACUGAUUAAGUUUAUGUAAGGGAGAAAAAACACCUUAAGUUUUAAAUUGUGCUCUGUUGUUUCUAAUAUAAUUUUCAUUUAGCUAAGCAAUAUUUCUAUACCGAGAUCUAAGAUUAUGUAGUCGGCAACAACAGAUUAUACAAUAAAAAUGUUUUAAUUGUAGACAUUUACAGUAUGGCCAAGGCUGACCUUGUAUUAUGUAAUUUUUUUGUAGCCUAGCUUUUAUUUGUUAAAAAACAAAGUGAUUUGCAUAAGGUAACAUGUUUCAAGAGACUGUAAUUUCAAAAUUAAAAAUCAUGGGAUUUACCUUGCUCAUUAAAGUUAAGAUCUGUUGCAGUGAUUGUUACUAGUAUAACUAUAUGAAUACAGUAAGAAGGGUUUACUUUUAAUUUGCUAUGAAUUUAUUUUCUUCUUUUCCUAGUUUUAAAGAAAGAUAAAAGCAUCUCAAAGAGACCAGAAGUUACAUAAAAUAAUUUUUGAGAAAUUACCUCUUCUAGAGUUAUUACCGUCCACCUGAAGUUAGUUACGUACUUGUGACCUGUAGCAUAGUCGUUUUGAUAAUGCCAGUACUUCAUUUGUAAUUCAGUCUAUUCAUUCCAUCUGUCCAGUUACCAAAGUAGGUUUUGGGUAGAUAUGGCAAUAUAUGUUGCCAGCUUAUGAUUGCUUGAAAUCGAUGUUUCCAAUAUAAUUGGCUUACUUUGCCUAGAUGCAAAAUAUUUCUCUGGUAAUACAUCUGAAUGCUUAUAGUAUAUAUAUACAAAGCACCCUCACCUUAUAUAAAUUAUGAACAUGCUGAUUUAUGUUGAUGAUAAAAUACAAGCGCACAAAAGGUGAGCUUGUAUUAAAUAACCUAUGCAGGUCAAACAUAAACGGUCUAAGAGCUUUUUAAUAAUUAUGCUUUAUCUUGCUGUAGGCUAAUAAAAAUACAGCUGGCUGUGUCAUUUUGAGUAAAAGGCAGAAGAUGAAGCAACAAAGUCCUGAAUCCUCCGUCUGACCCGAGAACGAGGGGGAGAGGGGGAGGAGGAGGAGAAGAAGCCCUCCUCCUAUAAUACUUCUUGCUAUUAAGUACAGGAUAACUCAUGAAAACCAGUCCAACCUAUUUACCACCGCUUGAAGAAAUGUCGCUAAUGGCUCAGCAAGAGACAAAGAUGGUAAUGACGUCCCAACAACAGACGGUGGAAGAGACAACACUGCAGCUGACAUCAUAGGCUGAGAGGAUGCUGGGAGUGACGUCAGUGCAUUCAGAAUGGCAGCACGAGUCAGUGGCCUUAAUGGCAGUGAGAUACGAGGCAGCCCAGUAAGUGUCAGAGGCAGUGGAAGAAAAGGAAGGAGACAGGCAUUACAAAGUAGCAGAUGGAGAAUUUCUGGAAGAAGGGUACGUCAAACUGUCCAUUCAGGGAGGCGAGAAACCUUCCCAAGAAGGACAAGUAGAUAAUCUACAGUGCUCCCUCGUCUUGUAGAAAGUCUUCCACUGUGACACAGGCCAGGAAUGACACUCCGGGCAAGGGUUAGUGAUAGCACAAAAAUUGGAAUGGCACCAGCUGCAAGUGGUAUGGAGGUCAGUAAUGGAAGAUGCCAAAAACCUCUUAACACAGAAAUCAUGGAAUGCUCGGACACAUGCGUUGAUGGGAUCUAGAACUCUUGGUGGAGGCCAUGAUAAAGGACAAGCAGGAACACACACACACUGAAAUUAAAAGACAAAUAAGAAAUGGGAUUGGGAAGGAGAGUGCAAAAGCAAGACUACUCUCCAAGGCUGUCAAGGAAAGACGAAGGAAAGACAACGCGUCACGAGGUACCAUGCCCGUCGGUGACCAGCUUUCACCUUGUAUCCGCAUGAGUCGCCAGAUGCCACAGAUUCCUUGCUUGACAAUCUUUGAAUGUUUGAACCAGUUUCCAGCUGGUGCUAGAAGAUUAUCCUAUUAUUAGGUUUGUUCUGCAUGUGAACAAAGAUGUUUUAAUAAUUUCUUGCAUGUAAAUUGCACUAAUAGGCUAAUACUUUAAAUAGCGUGAAAUAAUGUCUGAGGCUGUUUGAGGGAAUUUUAUUCACUGGAAGGUGGGAAAUUUCAGUUAAUACAAGGCAAUGGUAUUGUGGUUUCCUUUUCAGAAUACUUUGCAUAGUUAAAUAAUUUUUCUAUAUGUCCUGGGCUCUUUGAUAUAAAAAGUAUUUAGUCAAAUAUUGAGUACACUGGGCUCUUAUGAGUAUUUUGUCAAAUAUUGAGUCUACUACUAGGCUCUUUCACGAGUAUUUUGUCAAAAAACUUAUUGAGCUGAAGUUUGAAAUCUCAUUGAGUUCCUGUCUAAGAGGUGUCAACAUAUAUGCGUCGCAAGGGGCUAGCCUAGACAUUGUUUUUCAUUGUAAGGCAUUGGAGCAGUACUUAGAAUGAAUAAAUAAAGGUUACAAUAAGAAGGUGAUUUACACUGAUUUGGAAUAAAAGCAUGCUUAAGAGUCUGUAAAAUAAAAAAAUCUGGCAACCCUGUGAAGGGGAGAGGACAACUCAAUUUUUGUUUCAGGUACAGAGAAACCUGAAAUAAGUGCUCACCAGUGGAAGAUUCGCCCUCAGAAAGGAAUAAGGCUCCAAAGAGAUGCCAGAAUGGUUGUCCUCUCCCGUUCCAGGAUUUCCACUGAAUGCUCAGUGGGAGUCAAUGAAGAAGAAAUGUCUCCCUUAUGUUGGAAGCUUAACAGGUGCAUGGAGAGUGCUGAAAACCUCACUGGUUGUCAUUGCCAGUGUAUUGGAAGAUCAUGUCUGUAAACUGGAAAAGUCACCUUUAAUGACAUUAGCCAACUGAACACGAAACAUGGACAAUCAGAAACUAGGCCUAAGUUAUAUAUUUGCCACAUUUUUUUUUAUUUUACUGACUGUUAAGUAUGCCUUUAUUCCAAUUCAGUGAAAAUCACCUUAUUAUAACAUUUAUUUAUUCAAUUCUAAGUACCGUUCCAAUGCCUUACAAUGAAAAACAAUGUCUAGGCUAGCCUCUUGCGCCGCACAUCUGUUGACACUCCUUAGACAGGAACUCAAUGAGAUUUCAAACUUCACAUCAUUAAGUUAUUUGACAAAAUACUCCUGAAAGAGCCUAGUAUACUCAAUAUUUGACAAAAUACCCUUAUAAGAGCCCAGUGUACUCAAUAUUUGACUAAAUACUCUUUUUAUAUCAAAGGGCCCAGGACAUAUACAAUAAAAAAUAUUUAACUAUGAAAAGGAAACCACAAUACCAUUUCCUCGUUUUACCUGAAAUUUCCCACCUUCCAGAGAAUGAAACCCUCAAACAGCCUCACAGACAUUAUUUCAUGCUAUUUAAAGUACUAUGGCAAUCCUUUGGUCACUGGAGAAUCCAGCAUUUCUGAGCAGCUUGGCCACCUCCCAUAUGGUAAGGUGGCACUUGUGACUGCUUAACAGUGACUGUGACGAUUUCAACAGUCACUAGCUAUCAUACAGCCCCCACUUACACUGUCUCUACGUUUGCACCUUUGAUGAUGUGUCCAGAGGAGCUGGGGAUGGUAUUCCUUUGUUAUCUUUGUUCUCCCUUUCAGCUGCCCCAAAGCAGUACAACUGGAUGUUCAUCACGGCAGAUGUAACAAUCUCCCUUUUAGGAAAAGACUUCCUAAAAGCCCACAACAAGAUGGUAGACAUAACAAAACAGCAGCUGACCAUGCAACCCGCCUCCGUACCCCAACUCCAGCUCUAGAGAUAAGUCACCUCCUACAGGAGUUCCCGGAGCUAUAAGGAUGACCUGCAACACAACCUGACCAAACCCACAAAGCACCAUGUCCAGCAGCACAAAGUCACUGAAGGUCCCCCAGUAUAUGCCAGUUUCAGACAUUUGCCCCCAGAAAAACUUAUCCAUGCCAAACAAGAUUUCUGGGACAUGGAACAAGCAGGGAUAUGCUAAAAGCCUCCAGCCCCUGGGCAUCUCCCUUCCAAUGGUACCAAAACCUGAUGGCACAAGGUGAUCCUGCUGCACACACCGGAGACUCGACGUAAAGACAAUACCCAACCGGUACCCACUGCCAAACAUCACUAACAUAACAAACCAGAUGGAGGGUGCCAAAUUAUUUACGAAGAUCAACCUGCUGAAGUCCCAGUUGCAAGGGAAGAAAUACAAAAAUAACUGAUUAUUGCUCCCUUUGGUACGUACACCUUCAACUACAGCUGCUUCAGCCUUCAGAACUCGGAUACAACCUUCCAAUGUCUGAUGGACGAAGUCCUGAGCAACCUACCCUUCUGCAUUCUCUAUGUUGAUGACAAACUCAUAUUCAGCCCCAACAUCAGGCCACCCUUCUCAACUGGCACAUAGACCCAAAGGCAAAGUGGAGUAUAGACCAACAAGUGGGUGGGGCUUCCCUCUACCUGUUGAUAAUUAACUACGUACUUAAUCAGUCAGUUUAAACAGCUAGUUCAGCUUGCACUUGCAGGCUAAAUUCCUAUGCAAAGAACUUCAGGUUUGUAUGAUAGUUGAUAUACAAAGUAAACUUAAAAUUAGCUGUUUUGAAUAAUUUGUGAGCACAGAUCUAUUUGUAGUCUAAGCCAUACAGACAAGAUAAAACUUAAUUAUUGAAAGCCCAUCAUUAAUUUGUUUAAUCUGAGUAAACGUUCUUCGAUACAAGUUUGAAUUUUGUGUUUGUGCUGGUACAAUUAAAAAAAAAUGAUCAUACUUACGAUAUUUGUAAGGUAUGAUGGGUCUGUAUAUAAAAAAAUUCAAAAUGUUACCGAAGAAGUAAAAUCCAUCGAUACUGGAGACAUUAAUUUUUCACCAAUCACGAGCUACCCGUGCGCAUGUCCACAUCUUCAAUCGUGGGUGGACAAACUAGUUUAAACCAACUACUGUAGUAUAUAUAUAUAUACAACUGUGAUUGUUCCAUUCUUUGAACCCAUCACUUUGAAGUGUUUUUUUCCUGAUUUAUAAUUGUCAUAUGUGCCUUCUUUGCAGCAAAUUAUUUAGUUUUGCCUUCUUUGUAGCAAAUUUAGUUUAAUUCCAUUUUGCUGACGAUUCAGUACAUUGAAUAUAAAUAAGUAAAAUGUCUAUUUUUUAUUUUACAUGUUAGGAGACCUAAGGUUAAAAUGACCAAGAGUAAAGAUUCUGUUGCAGGUUUAGAUCUUUGGUAUUAAACACAUGGUAAUAACACUUAAGGAUCAUUCUGUCCUGUCUUUUGGAUGGUAAUGUAUAAAUAAUGAAUUGGUUGUAUUAAAUAAUUAUUAACUGUGAGUUAAAUAAUUAUUAACUGUGAGACUUGCCUUUUCAGCUCUCAGGGUCUCGCAUGUUUCCCCAUAAGAAUGAUUCUGUAGAAAUGUAUUCUGAUGUCUUUUUUUUAUAUAUAAUAUAUAUACAUAUGUAUUUCCUAAUACUUCAAUCAUAUGCUUUUCCAAAGCCUGUAGCUUGUUCUUGUUGAUAUUUUUUAUUCUGUAAAAAUAAAAAUCCUACUAGGCAUUAUUGUCAUGCAUUUAAGAAAACUGUAAGAUAAAAUCCUGUACAAUAAAUCUUAUUCAUAA